AUGGAGAAUGUCAAACGUGCAAAGGUCGCGUGCAAAUCCUGCCAUGCGAGGCGCGUGAAAUGCGACGCAGCCACGACGCAGCCAUGCUGGCAUUGCCAGCUGCGGGGCACCACUGGCGAACUCAUAGAAUUCAAACGCGGAAGAUACGCGAGAAAAAGGGGCUCGGGAACAAGAGUCCAAGAUCGAGUUUCUCAGAGGGAGAAGGAGCCGGCACAGAAAUCACAACACGUGCCUACACCUCAGACCAUAACGGGGAAUCCAUCUGACAAUGCGCAGUCCUUGGGACAAACACUCACUCCACCUAUGACAGGCAGUCAACUGGAAGAUAAUCACCCAGAACAUGAUGGGUUGAAUGAGGGACCUGAGAUGUUAUAUGCGCGGAUGGUCGAUGCCCAACCGAGCGAGCGCGAACCAAACUUUCAGUCCGAUAACGCGAGAUCCUUCUAUAUGGGAGAAUCCUUUAGUCUCUCGUUCGUGGUUAAUUCAAUAUACAACAACUCUGGUCAUGGCACCAGCGUUAAGCGGCACUACCCUAUACCCACCAAUGUGUCAGAGCACGCGCGCGACGCGGCUGAAGGAUUGAAGCACUCCGAUCCAGCGACAAUCUCGUAUCUUGAGAUGCGGGGCUCAUUCUCACUACCGCCACAGGAUGUUCGCAAUGAGCUCAUCCGCGUUUUCUUCACUUCCUUUCACCCGGCAUAUCCUGUCCUUGACCGACAAGCAUUCUCUGCUUUGUAUCGUGAGGAAAGAGUGUCAUUCCUUGUCCUGCAGACGAUAUUCUUCCUUGCCUUCACAAGCUGCAGUGACGACUUGGUCGAGAGAGCUGGAUAUCCGAACCGACUCACUGCUAGAAGGACAUGCUAUCUUCGAGCCAAGGCACUUUAUGACAUGGAUUACGAAAAGGACAAAGUGCAGCUCACAGCCGUGCUUUUUUUGCUGGGUUUCUGGUGGGAAGGCCCUGAGGAUCAGAAAGAUACUUGGCAUUGGCAUGGGUCUGCUAUUGGUCUUGCGCAGACUUUGGGAAUGCACCGAUCACUCGUGAUCGGCACGCUGCUGCUUCUCUUGGUCGACCAACGCCACGACUUUCACGUCAAUUAUACGAUCGAAAUGUCAAAGCUCGCAGUCAUUUUGGGCAAGGUCCUCACCGAGCAGUUUGCGCCCCGGAGAUAUGGCAUAGGCGAUAAUCGAGAAACUCUCCUGCAAGAGCUUAAUCAAUUUGAGUUCCAGUUGCCAUUGCAUUUAAGGCGACAGCCAGUGGACGAAACUAUGACUGCAUCUUUCUGGUCAUGCAUGCUGCAUGCAAGCUAUCAUAAUUGUCAAAUUCUUCUAUUUCGACCCGGGGGUCCUCAAUCAGCCUUCCUGGGCGAAGUAGAGAGUGAGAAAAGAGCUAUGAUAGCGGCGGAUCUGACCACCCGUAUAGCUGAAGAUUUGCUAGCUGCUGGAACAUUAUCAUAUGGUCAGCUUCACCUUGUUCCCGCCAUAUUCGCAGCUCUCUCCAUACACUCCGUUGCCAUCCGCCGCAAAGAUCCUAUCAGGCGUCAACUUGCUGAAAAUCGAGCUCGUCAGUGCAUGCUUGCAAUGAGCGAACUUGCUAGGUCUUGGCCUGUAGCGGGUUGGAUUCUUCGCCUUUUCAUCAACUUGAUGAAAAAGCUCACAGACCAGAAUGUGAGAUACGAUAGUGAUUUGGAUCGAAGCAGGCAAGAUCGAACUGGAUAUCGCGGGGACUCGAGCAUGGACUCCCCAUCAGCAGCCACCAGGUCAGGGACGACUAGAACCAUGCAAAUGGGCCAUGGUUUAGGUAACCUGAUUAAUCAACCGGUUGAGGCUGAUCAACUGUCCGCGAGAGUGGAGGAAUGGAAUGCGAUCCAGCAAUCGGAUCAACUGUUAUCUGAUGUAAUAUGGGCACCAGAUCAGAAUAACUUUGAUUUUGAUCUCCUAUUUCAGGGGCAGUCGAAUGGAUCGUUGCCCUUCAAUUUCGGAUCACUCGCAGAAACCUUUGUUCCCGAAUACGUCGACACCGGGAUCCAACAUGCCUCGAAUCGGAAUAUUGAUCACCUUUUGGCGGAGUCCAGUGGGUAG